CCACUUGGGGAAAGUAAUAGCAUGACUUCCAAAAUCUUAGAACAAACAUAAAAUGCAAAAGAAAGAGAAAAGAAGAAACCCCACACCAUAAAAAUCAGAUCAAACACAACUUCUUGACAGAGCUUGUUUGUGGGGUUUGGCAAAUGGAAGCCAAUUUGGAAGUGCUAAGAGAAAGCUUCAAAAAUGGAAGAACAAGAAGUUAUGAGUGGAGGAAAAAGCAGCUGAGUUCAUUGAUUCAGUUAAUCCAUGACAAAGAAAACACCAUUUUUGAAGCCCUUUAUCAAGAUCUUGGUAAACAUCCUGUGGAAAUUUUUAGAGAUGAGGUUGGAAUCGUUCUGAAAUCUGCAAACGAUGCUCUGUCUUCUUUACACAAAUGGAUGGCUCCUAAAAAGAAACCUGUGCCAUUACUGUUCUUCCCAGCAAAAGGAGAGGUUUUGUCCGAACCAUUUGGUUUGGUCCUCAUAAUUUCAUCGUGGAAUUUCCCCCUUUCUUUGUCAUUGGAUCCGUUAAUCGGAGCGAUAUCGGCAGGCAACACAGCGGUUUUAAAACCGUCGGAAUAUGCUCCGGUUUUCUCCUCUUUUCUUGUUGCAACACUCCCUCUUUACCUUGACAAUAAAGCCAUCAAGGUUGUGGAGGGUGGAGCUGAUGUUUGUGAACAACUUUUACAGUACAAGUGGGAUAAGAUCUUCUUCACUGGGAGUCCAAAGGUAGGUAGGAUUGUGAUGUCUGCAGCCGCAAAGCAUUUAACUCCUGUUACUUUAGAGCUUGGGGGAAAAUGCCCUGCAAUCUUCGAUUACUCCUCUGUCCAUUCCAAUAUGAAGGUGGCGGCCAAGAGAAUCGUUGGAGGAAAAUGGGGGCCGUGUGCCGGGCAGGCGUGCAUAGGGAUAGAUUAUGUGCUUGUGGAGGAUAAGUUUGCUUCAGAAUUGAUCGACUCGUUAAAGCGAAUACUCAAGAAGUUUUAUGGUGAAAACUCGAAAAACUCGACGAGUAUAGCUCGAAUUGUUAAUGAGAAAAAUGUUGAAAGAAUAAGCAAUCUUCUUAAAGACCCAAAAGUUGCUGCUUCCAUUGUCCAUGGUGGUUCUGUUGACAAAGAAAAACUCUUCAUUGAACCAACAAUAUUGUUGAAUCCUCCACUCGAUGCAGAUAUCAUGACCGAAGAAAUCUUCGGUCCCCUGUUACCGAUAAUCACAUUGAACAAAAUUGAAGAGAGCAUUGAGUUCAUCAAUGCAAGACCGAAGCCUCUCGCUCUCUACGCCUUCACAGAAGAUGAAACUCUCAAGAAACGAAUUUUGUACAAAACAUCUUCGGGAAGUGUCACAUUCAAUGAUACCAUGGUUCAGUUUGUGUGUGAUUCGUUACCAUUCGGCGGUGUUGGUCAGAGCGGUUUCGGGAGUUACCACGGCAAGUAUUCAUUUGAUACAUUCAGCCAUGAAAAAGCAGUGAUGCAGAGAAGCUUUUUGAUAGAACUCGAGCCACGAUAUCCCCCAUGGAAUGAUUUCAAGCUAAAGUUCAUUAGAUUGGCAUACCGAUACGACUAUUUCGGGCUGGCACUACUCCUUUUGGGUUUAAAGAAGUAGAUAUUAUAGCACUUCAAAAAUCAAAGAGUUAACUGAUCCUUGAGAUAAUAAACUGCUUUCCAAACCUCUCAUCUCCUCAUAAACUUUGUACCAAAUCAUGAACAAAUAAUAUUGGUUGGUUAUGCUUUUUGAAGAA